AGUGGAGGAGGCUGGCACCGCAGCUCUGAGCGGAGUUUCCUGUUGAGUUUCAGUGUUUGAGGCACAGGAACUCCCUGCUCGGCUUCUCUUCCCCCGCCCAUGAUAAUAACACCGACCGAGGAAAGAUUCCUCAGUCCGACGAGCGAAAAAAAUCUUGGGUUGAAGACUUAAAACCUGGACUUCCAAGUCGCCAGAGGGAUCAACAUUCCGGUUAAAUGGCGCUGUAGUCGGGUUUCUAAACGCACAAGUUUUCCUCGCUAACCAACAACUGCGGUAACAUGGCGUCCACAGUGACUUUAGAGGAUGCCCUCUCCAAUGUGGACCUGCUGGAGGAGCUGCCGCUGCCGGACCAGCAGCCAUGCAUCGAGCCCCUCCCCUCAUCAGUCAUGUUUCAGCCCAACUUCAACACCAACUUUGAGGACCGCAAUGCAUUCGUCACCGGCAUCGCCAGAUACAUCGAGCAGGCCACCGUCCACUCCAGCAUGAAUGAGAUGCUGGAGGAGGGGCAGGAGUAUGCCAUCAUGCUCUACACCUGGAGGAGCUGCUCUCGUGCAAUACCACAGGUGAAAUGCAACGAACAGCCCAACAGAGUGGAGAUCUACGAGAAGACAGUGGAGGUCCUGGAGCCGGAAGUCACCAAGCUGAUGAAUUUCAUGUACUUCCAGCGUACAGCAAUCGACCGUUUCUGCGGAGAAGUCCGUCGUCUCUGUCACACCGAGCGCAGAAAAGACUUCGUCUCCGAGGCGUACCUGCUAACCCUCGGCAAGUUCAUCAACAUGUUCGCUGUGCUGGAUGAGCUGAAGAACAUGAAAUGCAGUGUCAAGAACGACCACUCAGCCUACAAACGAGCUGCCCAGUUCCUCAGAAAAAUGUCUGAGCCUUCAUCCAUCCAGGAGUCUCAGAACUUGUCCAUGUUCCUGGCAAACCACAACAAAAUCACUCAGUCUUUGCAGCAGCAGCUGGAAGUGAUUAAUGGAUACGAGGAGCUGCUGGCAGACAUUGUCAACCUGUGUGUCGAUUACUACGAGAACAAGAUGUACCUCACCCCCAGUGAGAAACACAUGCUGCUCAAAGUAAUGGGGUUUGGCUUGUACCUCAUGGAUGGAAACAGCAGCAACAUCUACAAACUAGAUGCCAAGAAGAGAAUUAACCUGACCAAGAUCGACAAGUUUUUCAAGCAACUCCAGGUGGUCCCUCUGUUUGGUGACAUGCAGAUUGAGUUGUCCCGGUACAUCAAGACCAGUGCUCACUUUGAAGAGAACAAAUCCAGGUGGACUUGCACGUCUAUAGGCAGCAGCCCCCAGUACAACAUCUGUGAGCAGAUGAUUCAGAUCCGCGAGGACCAUAUGCGCUUCAUCUCGGAGCUGGCUCGCUAUAGCAACAGUGAGGUGGUGACCGGAUCAGGGCGUCAGGAAGCCCAAAAGACUGAUACUGAGUACAGGAAGCUGUUUGACUUGGCCCUGCAGGGCAUGCAGCUGCUCUCCCAGUGGAGUGCUCACGUCAUGGAAGUGUACUCCUGGAAACUGGUUCAUCCAACUGACAAGUACUCCAACAAGGAGUGCCCUGACAACGCUGAGGAGUAUGAGAGAGCCACCAGAUACAACUACACAAGCGAGGAGAAGUUUGCUCUUGUGGAGGUGAUGGCAAUGAUAAAGGGACUGCAGGUGUUGAUGGGACGCAUGGAGAGUGUUUUCAACCACGCCAUCCGUCACACCAUCUACUCAGCUCUGCAGGACUUUGCUCAAAUCACUCUGCGUGACCCACUCCGGCAGGCCAUCAAGAAGAAGAAAAAUGUUGUCCAGAGCGUCCUCCAGGCCAUCCGGAAGACAGUGUGUGACUGGGAGACCGGCCGGGAGCCACACAACGACCCCGCCCUCCGUGGAGAAAAAGAUCCAAAGGGUGGCUUUGAUAUCAAGGUUCCUCGCCGUGCAGUGGGGCCCUCCAGUACACAGCUCUACAUGGUGAGGACUAUGCUGGAGUCGCUUGUUGCUGACAAAAGUGGCUCUAAGAAGACUUUGCGCAGCAGUCUGGAAGGCCCCACCAUCCUGGACAUUGAGAAGUUUCACCGCGAGUCUUUCUUUUACACCCAUCUGCUGAACUUCAGUGAGACCUUGCAGCAGUGUUGUGACCUUUCCCAGCUCUGGUUCAGGGAGUUCUUCCUGGAGCUCACAAUGGGCCGCAGGAUCCAGUUUCCCAUCGAGAUGUCCAUGCCCUGGAUCCUCACCGACCACAUCCUGGAGACAAAGGAAGCAUCCAUGAUGGAGUAUGUGCUGUAUCCCCUGGAUUUGUACAAUGACAGUGCACACUACGCCCUGACCAAAUUCAAGAAGCAGUUCCUCUAUGACGAAAUAGAGGCUGAGGUGAACUUGUGCUUUGAUCAGUUUGUCUACAAGCUGGCUGAUCAGAUAUUUGCCUACUACAAGAUUCUAGCAGGAAGUCUUCUGCUUGACAAACGUUUGAGAGCCGACUGCAAGAACCAAGGGGCCAACAUUCCCUGGCCGUCCUCCAACCGCUACGAGACACUGCUGAAACAGCGCCACGUCCAGCUUCUAGGCCGCUCCAUUGAUCUAAACAGGCUCAUCACUCAGAGGGUUUCAGCUGCCCUUUACAAGUCCCUAGAGCUGGCCAUCAACCGCUUCGAGAGUGAGGACCUCACCUCAAUCGUGGAACUGGAAGCUCUUCUGGACAUCAACCGCAUGACACACAAGCUCCUCAGUAAGUUCUUGACUCUGGACAGCUUGGACGCCAUGUUCCGCGAGGCCAACCACAACGUGUCGGCCCCCUACGGCCGGAUAACACUGCACGUCUUCUGGGAGCUCAAUUAUGACUUCUUGCCCAACUACUGCUACAAUGGCUCCACCAACAGGUUUGUGCGCACCAUCCUACCCUUCUCUCAGGAGUUCCAGAGGGACAAACCACCCAACGCUCAGCCCCAGUAUUUGUAUGGGUCAAAGACCUUGAACCUCGCGUACAGCAGCAUAUUUAGCUCCUACAGGAACUUUGUUGGUCCCCCUCACAUCAAGGUCAUGUGCAGACUGCUGGGCUACCAGGGCAUCGCUGUGGUGAUGGAGGAGCUGCUGAAGGUCGUCAAAAGCCUGCUUCAGGGCACCAUAAUGCAGUAUGUGAAGACCCUGAUGGAGGUGAUGCCCAAGAUCUGCCGACUUCCCCGCCACGAGUACGGUUCCCCAGGUAUCCUAGAAUUCUUUCACCACCAGCUGAAGGACAUUGUUGAGUACGCUGAGCUCAAGACGGUGUGUUUCCAGAACCUGAGGGAAGUGGGCAACGCCAUGCUGUUCUGUCUGCUGAGCGAGCAGAGUCUGUCACAGGAAGAAGUUUGUGAUUUGCUGCAUGCUGCACCGUUUCAGAACAUUCUUCCAAGAGUCCACGUCAAAGAGGGGGAACGCCUUGAUGCUAAGAUGAAGCGCUUGGAAGCCAAAUACACAGCACUGCAUUUGGUUCCACUGAUAGAGCGCCUUGGCACCCCACAGCAAAUUGCCAUUGCUCGUGAGGGCGACCUCCUGACCAAAGAGAGGCUGUGCUGCGGUUUGUCCAUGUUCGAGGUCAUCCUCACACGCGUGCGAGGCUUCUUGGACGACCCCAUCUGGCGUGGACCGCUGCCCAGCAAUGGCGUGAUGCACGUGGACGAGUGUGUGGAGUUCCACCGUCUCUGGAGUGCCAUGCAGUUUGUGUACUGCAUCCCUGUGGGAGCCCAUGAGUUCACAGUGGAGCAGUGCUUCGGAGACGGCCUCCACUGGGCUGGCUGCAUGAUCAUCGCCCUCCUGGGACAGCACAGACGCUUUGACAUCCUCGACUUCAGCUACCACCUUCUCAAGGUGCAGAAGCAUGACGGCAAGGAUGAGGUCAUCAAGAGCGUGCCACUGAAGAAAAUGGUUGACAGAAUCCGCAAAUUCCAAGUCCUCAACAAUGAGAUUUUUGCUAUCCUGAACAAGUACCUGAAGUCUGGAGAUGGAGAGAACAUGCCGGUCGAACACGUCCGAUGCUUCCAACCACCGAUACACCAGUCGCUUGCCAGCAGCUGAGGUGCUGCUGCCACUGUCGAUACUAUGGACCAGCGUGAAGUUCCAAACACUGUUAGCAUUACCAGACUAUCCACAAAUAUUCCUCAUCAUUUACUUUAGGUCUUUAGUAGCAAAGGACCAUUAAAUGUAAGGAAGUUGGGCCACAUUUUUUGUCAGAAUGUUUGUUUUUUUGUAUUCACUUGUGCCUUAUAAGAAAUGAAUAGAUAUUUGCCCUUUCUGGAUGAACUACUCUUUGUUUUAUACUUGCAGAAAGCUAUAGAUCAGGGAAGGGAAAUUAGUUUUAUCAGAUAAGUAUUUAAGGGUUUGCAGUGGUGGAAUGUUAAGGGUGAACAGCAACCUAUUUUAAGUGGGGGUGAAAGUAAAUUUGUAUUUUCCAUAUUGUUGAACAUGCAUGCUAAACAUUUUAAAGGAAAUUGAAAAGUAACAAAGCUCAUACUCAUGUUAAGCAUUUAUUCACUGUGCCUUGUGUUUCAAAUGUUUUAAUCAUUUUAAUUCAAUAAAUAUGUAACAAAUCUGA